AUGUUCAGCAAAAUCGUAGCUUUGAGCGCGCUGUUGGCCGCUGCCAACGCUGGCUACCUGGGUCAUGGUCACGCUGUGUCUUCCCAAAGCAUCAUCCGUCAUGAUGAACCCCUGCACUACGCAGCUCCCGUAGCGCACUACGCUGCUCCCGUCGCCCACUACGCCGCCCCUGUGGCUUACUACGCCGCUCCCGUAGCUCACUACUCCGCUCCCGUAGCCCACUACGACGGUCAUGACUCAUACGCUCACCCUAAAUACGACUUCGCUUAUUCCGUGGCGGACCCCCACACCGGCGACCACAAGUCUCAGCACGAAAGCCGCGACGGUGACGCCGUGCACGGAUACUACUCCUUGGCUCAACCUGACGGUUCCAUCCGCAAGGUUGAGUACACUGCUGAUGCCCACAACGGAUUCAACGCUGUGGUGCACAACUCCGCUCCCUCUGUACACCCCGCCCCCGUCCAUGGACACGCUUACCAUCAUUACUAA